GUAUUAUCACGGUUGUACGAUAUUACACUUUACUGCGUUGACACUCAUAUUGUGAUCAUCUAGGUUUUCAAAACGAUUUCGACGACGAGGAAUGACAUUAUGCUUGACCAGGAAAAUCAGCCUAAUAUCUCAAAUGGGACAGAAUCAUCAAACAGUUCAUUUCAAGAUAAGACAGUUGUAAAAAAUGAUAUUUCACACAAUAUUUACAAUAAUCAAGAGGGAUAUUUAAAUGAAGUGUCCUUAAAUAAUUUUGAUGUUUCUCAACUCGCUCAUAAGUUAGAAAGUUUAGCUUUAGCUACUCCACAAACUACAAGAAUUAGACCGGAUAGUGCUCUUAUUGAAGACGAAUUUGAUUUUAAAGAACGUCCAGAUUCAGCUGAUUCAGAUAGCGGUAGACCUGUAACUUCAAAUGACAGUUCCAUUUACAGGUCAUUUAUUGGAGAUUCUGUCGAAAAUCAACAGUUGGACAGUUUAGACUUUUCUUCGACUUUAUGUAAUGACGACAUAAAUGAGUCUGGUGGUAACAUUGAAUCUAUGCAUGAAAGUUUAGCUUCAGUGAAUUUGGAUUUGGUUAGUUUUGAUUUUGAGGAUUCUUCACAUAAUAUAACUGUACAAUCUGUCUCAAAUAAAUCUUCAGAAGAUAUCCAAAAUAUAUCAAAUAAUUCUAAUUUAAAUUCAAACAAUUCAACACCUAAACAAAUAAAUUCACUGAUGGAUGGUAUAGAAUCAGAAACAAAAUGUCAGUCAAAUAUUUAUGAAAGUGAAAGUAAGAACUCAAGUGAAGCAGGACCAGUGAUAGCUGAAGGUUUCACUUCAUCUGCUGGAUUUAAUUUUGAUAAUCUAGAGGCCCUUGAAUCUGUAAGAUCAAUGAACGAUGAAGAAUUUAGAAGGUUAACAAUUGCCAGAAAAUCUUUAUAUGUGGCAUUCGAUCCAAUUGUAAAUAAAGCUAAUCAGGAAUCAAAUUCUCGAAAAGAAGCUCUUGAAAACACAAAAAUUAUGGACAAAACAUUAUCAGCUAAUUCUUCGCAAUCCGGCGGAUCUAACAAAUCUAUGAAUAUUUCAGAUUCUAAAAUUAAUCAAUCCAUUACCAAAGAUGAAAAACUUGAUAACAGUCCUAAGACUAAUGACAUAGAAAAAUUUUAUCAGGAAAAAAUAGAAAAGCUAGAAUGUGAGAAUAAGAACCUAAGAAAUGAUGCAAUGGCAGAAAAAGAAAAAAAUAAAAAUUUGACAAAUUCAUUGAUAUCAGUAACAAAAAGCAAAGAUCAGUUAAGUACUGUUAUUGGUGAGUAUGAAAAAACUAUUUCUGAUAUGGUUGCAAAAAAAGAAGAUGUACACAAAGAAUAUGAAGCACGAAUUGAAUACAUUGAAGAUGAAAGAGCAAAAAUGGAACGUCACCUACAAAAUUCAGAAAUGGCAUUCAAUGAUGUUCAUGAAAAAUAUAACUCAUCAAAGCAAGUUAUAGAGGCAAUGAAAGAAAAUGAAAUCAAGUAUAAAAAUUGUAUUAGGGAAUUUGAAGAAUCUCUUAAAAAAUAUGAAGACAAAUAUAUGAGAUUGAAAUUACAUGCUACUGAACAAAUGAAUAAAGCUACCGAGGAAAUAAAUGACAAAGAAAAGUCUUUUGAAGCAGAAACUUCAAAAAUGAGGAUAAUGAUUAAGCGGCUGGAGGUUAAAGUAAGAUCAUUACAAGAAUCUUUGGAGAGGAAAGAUGUUGAAAAUGCAGAGUUAACUAAUCUUUGUGAUGAGCUUAUAGGAAAACUGGAUAGAAAAUGAAACAUAAUGUAGCAUACUUAAUUUAUUUUUAGGCCUAUGAAUCUUAUAUAGUACUUUAUGAUUAUAUUAAU